AUGUCUGAAAAUGUCUUUGAGUUCCGUGUUCUGGAGCCGGAAGAGCGCAAAGGCGGAGGAGCCCUUGAUUUGGCGUAUUGGAUGUAUCGCAUCCGCACUUCCACCACACUGCCCAUGUACCCACGCAAGGAAAUGGAAGUGGUAAGGCGUUAUAAUGACUUUGUAUGGUUCCGCACGCAACUGUGUGAAGCAUACCCGUACUGCAUCAUACCACCCAUUCCUGAAAAGGAAGUGCAUGGGACAUUUAAUAAAAUCGUCGGUUCCGCUUCUCAGAGUGCCACUCGGACACGCGAUUACCGCCAGCGCGCCCUGAAGAAAUUCCUCACCCGCGUUGGUGCUCACCCGCGUCUUCGCACCGCACAACUUUUGCAGGAAUUUCUUGAGAUGGAUGAGACGGAGUGGGAACGGCGCAUGCAAGCCCCUGUUGCUGGCGCUGGCAGGUCGUUGAGGAAUUCGAUUGGCGACAGCGUUGGUCAAGUGCUUUCCCGCACGUGGAAUGAUGCACAAACGCUGGAAGACGCUGGCGCGGCAUAUUCGCAAGCUGUCAAUAACGGUGCCGUUGAUAUGACUGCAUGGGAGGGAACGCGAAGGUAUAUUAAACAACUGGACGAGAGUAUGAAGGUAUUGCGGGAGCAGGUGCAAGUCCUCGUCGACCGGCGUAGGAAUACCAGCAACUCCCUGCAUGAAUUUGGUGUUGCUUUUGAAAAAGUGGCGGAGGUGGACGGGAUGGUUGGUCAAUCAUCACUCACUCGUGUGCUCUCGGCUGUUGGCCAGCACAAUGACCAACUUUCUACUCUAUAUGUGGAGCAUGCUAAUGAUGAAACAAAACAAGUAGUCGAAACACUCAGCUACUACCACGGCAUGUGUGGCUCCGUCCGUGCAACACUAAAACAUUUGCUGCAAAGCGCACAUCAUGUGGAGGCCCUCGCACGCCAGUUAGAAGGUCUCAGGGCGCAGAGGGAUAAAGUGUUGGAUCAGGUUGGGCAGGCAGCACGCCGCGCAAAACUGGAGAAUGAAAUCAGUGAACAAGAACAGUUAUUGGAAAGGGCGCGACAGGAGUUGACGGAUGGCGAGGCGAUUUUCAAGGAAGAAAUUCAUCGCUUCCAUCGUGACAAGCAAUAUGACAUCAAAACAAUUCUAAAGAUGUUUGCUGACCUGCAGAUCAAAUACGCGGGGCGUCUGAAGCAGUCAUGGGAGAAGCUCUCGCCUCUAUUGACGCAGGGCCAACCCAUCAGUGACCAUUUGAUUGAUGACGAUUAG